AUGAAGGUUAAUCUUUUAUCAUUAUUAUGCGUUUUGUUCUUGACUCAAUUAUCCUCUGCCAAAAGAGAUCCUUUUCCAGCCUGUCACGGAUCGUUCAAACGUCGCCCUGAGAUCUGUGCACAGUUUAACUUUAUUACUAAUCCCGAGGCCGUUCAAGGAAGUUGCAUGGAAACCAAGAACGGUACUACCUUUUACGAUUUGAGCGAACUACCUGAAAUAGCACAAGUUGAUCCUCAAGCAGUAAAGAUGGCAAGCUUGAUUACAAAUGUCUUUGAGGAAUCUAGUACUUCAUUUGCUUAUGCCCAAUGCUCUGAUAUUGGUGACAGUCGAGGAUACACUUCAGGAUAUGUGGGAUUUACUACUGGCACAGGAGAUGCAGAAAUACUAAUUGAUCAAUAUGCAAAAAUAAAACCUGGAAAUGCCUUGUCAAAAUACCUUGACCGGCUGCAUGAAAUUAGCCAGCUGCCAACCUGUGAUAGACCAAACCGUGGCAAGACAAACGGCCUGGAAGGCUAUGUUGAGGCUUGGAAGCAAGAAGCAUGUAGCCCAGACCAAAGCUUUGCUCAUCUCCAGAGGCAAUGGGUCUAUGAAAACUAUAUGAUACCUAGUAAUCGGUACGCUGCUCAAAAUGGAGUUAACUCAGCACUGGGAAGAGCUAUAUUUUAUGAUACAAUCAUUCAACAUGGAUUUCAGUACACAGAACCAGACAUAAACAUUGUCCGCUUGCUAGCUUUGACAGGCGGUAGGAAAGAAAAUGAAACCGAACAGGCUUUCUUGACAAGGUUCUUGACUGUACGUCGCCAACUCCAAUGUUGCUACCCCGAUAAUGUAUGGCCUGCCAGUGCAACUCGUAGUGAAGAUCUGCAAAACUUGGUUGAUAACUUUGACUACAACAAAGACUUAAUUCGUCAAAUUAGGUUAAAGAACUUUCAAGUGAAUAUUACCGGUAAAGAAGACCUUGAUUUGAUUGACCCACGCUGUUUCCAAAAAUAA